AGUAUUAUAUGGUAUUUAAUAUUUAUAUUGUAGUAAAGACUAUUAUGAUUAAUUAUUUACAAAAUGUUAAUUGUGCUUUAAUUCUAAUAGUUAGAAAAAAAACAAUUAUUGUUCUUAAGAGUUGCGGAAUAUUAGUUACGAUAUAAUUUUUCUCAUAUAAGUCACGAAUUUACAUUUUGAAUAGGUCGGUACAUUUUAUAUUUGUAAUAAUGUUUUAUACCUAUUUUACUUAGUUAUGGCUCCAAGAAGAAAUAGGCUUAGUGGGGCUGAAUACAAGAAAAUAGCUAAGCUCAAAGAAUUUAAUUUGAAUAAAGUUGUUCAAAAAACUAUUAAAAUCGACACGAUGUUCAAAAAGUCAGGUAUGGUUAAUAAAUCUACUGAACAACGUCAAGCUGGCCUUACAACUCUUUGUAAUAAUUUGGAUACAGAACCUCCAUGCGUGUCAGAGCAUAUAAAUAUUUUAUUAGAACCAAAUUCUACUGAUAUACCUGGAUUGGAUCCAGCAUUGUGGAGUAUAAAUGAACAAACGAGGCAAUAUAUCUGUAAAAAUGGAUUUAGCCAAAAUCUAGAUGUUAAAUUUACAGCUUCAAAAAGAUUGUACAGAGUUGUAAAGAAACGGCAUUUCCGUAACUAUUUUAGAUAUCUGAAUAUAGAUUUUUUCAAAACUGUUUUAAUCAAUGGUGAAACAUGUCAAAGAAAUUAUUUAUCUUAUUCUGAGAGUACUGGGUCAAUUUAUUGUGUUCCAUGUCUCUUAUUUGAGAAUAAAACUAAUUUUUCAAAAAAAGGAUUUUCAGAUUGGAAACACCCUAAAAAAAUUUCUUACCAUGAAAAUUCACCUGAACACAAACUAUGUUCUUAUAAAAUGAAAGAACUUGCAUCAGAUUUAAGUAAAAUAAAUUCAAAACUAAUACAUCAAAUAGAAACCGAAAAAAAAUAUUGGAUUAGUGUACUGACCAGGGUUUGUUCGGUUAUUAAAAGUUUGGCAAGUCAUGGAUUAUCAUUUAGAGGUGAUGUAGAAAAAUUUGGAUCAUCUACUUCAAAUACUGGAAAUUUUAUUAUGAUGAUGGAAUUACUUGCAGAGUACGACCCACUUCUAUCAGAACACAUAUCUAAGUAUGGUAACCCUGGCAAAGGUAAUACUUCCUACUUAUCAUUUUCUACUUAUGAACAGUUCGUUAAAAUCAUGUCUGAAAAAGUCAUUAAUACCAUAGUUGAUGAAAUUAAAUUAUCGAAAUAUUUUUCUAUCAGCAUAGAUUCCACUCCAGAUAUAUCACACUCUGAUCAACUGUCUUUCGUUAUCAGGUAUGUGCUAUCAAACGGUGAGCCAAUUGAAAGAUUUAUUGGUUUUUUAGAAAAUGUUGGACAUAAAUCAGAAAAUCUAGCAGAAUCAGUUUUAUCAGUUUUAAAAAAAUAUAAUUUAGAUGUUUGUUAUUUGAGAGGUCAAUCUUAUGACAAUGCUAAAAAUAUGUCUGGUAUUUAUUCAGGAGUUCAAGCAAGAAUAAAGCAAGUUUCACCAUUAGCUGAUUUUGUACCAUGUUCGGCACAUUCUUUAAACUUAGUCGGAUCGUGUGCUGCAAAUUGCUGUAAAGAAGCAAAUGAUUUUUUUCUUUUUAUUCAAAAUAUAGUCAAUAUUCUAUCUCAACUGUAAAAAGUUUUCAAACUACACGAUGGUCAG